GCGGGCCGGGCUGGCCAGAGCUCGGGGCAGAGACGCACCCCAGGAGCUGGCCGUCUACAUCCCGCAAGCACCAGCCGCGCUGCCGAACUAUGAGCCGGAGGAGUCGUUUGCUCCGGUUCCCGCUGCUCCUGCUGCUGCUGCUGCUGCAGCCGCCCCAGGUCCUGCCCGCGGAUUCCCGGGCCCCCGCGCCGGUGAAUCCAUGCUGUUACUACCCAUGCCAACACCAGGGGAUCUGUGUCCGCUUCGGCCUUGACCGCUACCAGUGUGACUGCACCCGCACGGGAUAUUCUGGCCCCAACUGCACCAUCCCUGAGCUAUGGACCUGGCUCCGGAAUUCACUGCGACCCAGCCCUGCUUUCCUCCACUUCCUGCUGACACACGGGCGCUGGUUCUGGGAGUUUGUCAAUGCCACUUUCAUCCGAGACAUGCUCAUGCGCCUGGUACUCACAGUGCGUUCCAACCUUAUCCCCAGCCCUCCCACCUACAACAUAGCACAUGACUACAUCAGCUGGGAGUCCUUCUCCAACGUGAGCUAUUAUACUCGUAUUCUGCCCUCCGUGCCCCAAGACUGCCCCACGCCCAUGGGAACCAAAGGGAAGAAGCAGUUGCCAGAUGCCCAGAUUCUGGGCCAUCGCUUCCUGCUCAGGAGGAAGUUCAUACCUGACCCCCAAGGAACCAACCUCAUGUUCGCCUUCUUUGCACAACACUUCACCCACCAAUUCUUCAAAACUUCUGGCAAGAUGGGUCCUGGCUUCACCAAGGCCUUGGGACACGGGGUAGAUCUCGGCCACAUUUAUGGGGACAACCUGGAACGUCAGUAUCAGCUGCGGCUCUUUAAGGAUGGGAAACUCAAAUACCAGGUGCUGCACGGAGAGAUGUACCCGCCAUCGGUGGAGGAGGCGCCGGUGUUGAUGCACUACCCACGAAACAUUCCACCCCAGAGCCAGAUGGCUGUGGGUCAGGAGGUGUUUGGGCUGCUUCCCGGGCUCAUGCUCUAUGCCACGCUCUGGCUGCGUGAGCACAACCGCGUGUGUGACCUGCUGAAGGCUGAGCACCCCACCUGGGGUGAUGAGCAACUCUUCCAGACGGCCCGCCUCAUCCUUAUCGGGGAGACCAUCAAGAUUGUGAUUGAGGAGUAUGUGCAGCAGUUGAGCGGUUACUUCCUGCAGCUGAAGUUUGACCCAGAGCUGCUGUUCGGCGUCCAGUUCCAGUACCAAAACCGCAUUGCCAUGGAGUUCAACCAGCUGUACCACUGGCACCCGCUCAUGCCUGACUCCUUCAAGGUGGGCUCCCGGGAGUACAGCUACGAGCAGUUCCUGUUCAACACCUCCAUGCUGGUGGACUAUGGGGUCGAGGCCCUGGUGGACGCCUUCUCUCGCCAGAGAGCUGGCCGGAUUGGUGGAGGUAGGAACAUGGACCACCAUGUCUUGCAUGUGGCUGUCGAUGUCAUCAAGGAAUCCCGUGAGCUGCGGCUGCAGCCCUUCAAUGAAUACCGCAAGAGGUUCGGCCUGAGACCCUACACGUCCUUUCAGGAGCUCACAGGAGAGAAGGAGAUGGCAGCCGAGUUGGAGGAGCUGUAUGGAGACAUCGAUGCCUUGGAGUUCUUCCCGGGGCUGCUUCUGGAGAAGUGCCAUCCAAAUUCCAUCUUUGGGGAGAGUAUGAUAGAAAUUGGGGCCCCCUUUUCUCUCAAGGGCCUCCUAGGGAAUCCCAUCUGUUCUCCAGAGUAUUGGAAGCCAAGCACAUUUGGUGGUGAGAUGGGCUUCAGUAUGGUCAAGACAGCCACGCUGAAGAAGUUGGUCUGCCUCAACACCAAGACUUGUCCCUACGUUUCCUUCCAUGUGCCCGACCCCCGCCAGGAUGAUGGGCCUGGUGUGGAGCGGCCAUCUACAGAGCUCUGAGGGGGGAGAGCAGCACUCUUGGGGGGUGGACUUUGUGCUGGUCAUCCCAGAAAGUUGGGGCCAGGGUUGUUGAAAGUCUUAAAUGUUGGGUAUCUGGUUUGGCAUUGAGAGUAUGAAGGUCAACAUUUAGAACUUUGUGUCUCUCACCCAUUAUCUGGAAUAUUGUGGUCUUGUUUAUUCUAAAUGCUGAAUUAUUGAUUGACCAUCCAGAAUGUUAGGAGCGAUUCUUAUUUGGCAUCCCAGAACACCGGGUUCCUGGUUGAUGACCUAGAAUGUCAGAUUUCUGGUUGAAUUGGAACAUAGGCAUUCUGAAAUGUGGAGCUCCUGAUGAAAUCAUCUAGAAAGUUAGGGAUUCUCAUUUUGCAUUCUAGAAUUCUGGGUGGCCCUCCAGAAUGUUGAGUUUCCAAAUGGCAAUUCAGAAUGUUGUGCUCCUGGUUGCUGAUCCAGAAUGGUGACUGGUAUGCCAGAUCAGUCUUGAUCUGAAUAUCUAGAAUGGUGAUUUGAUUCAUUUUCCUGUUCGGUAAGAUAUCCACAGAGCAGGAGAAUAUAUGGUCUAAGGUCUAACAAGAAUGCAUUUCCCAACUCUGUGCCUGCACUGAGGGGGCAAGGAAGUAGGGUGUUCUUAGGACCCCAACUUAGACCCUGGUCCAAGGAGGGAGAACAGGUGGGCUCUUUCCAGGCCAUUGGUUGGAAGCCACCAGAGUUCUAUCGCCAUCCAUGUCUUGACUCAUGGAAGCUGUUUCUCAUGAAGCUAAUAAAAGUCUUUUUCCAAAUUGCCUGCUAUGUAUCACUUUUCAUCCCAUUUCCAGAAGCAGAGGUGAUACUGGUGUGGCCUUUCUCCUAGUUGCAAGCUUGAUGGGCAGGUCUUGAGACCUUCCACUAGGGCUCCUGGAGCCUGUCAUCACCUAGCUUUUCCACCACCGAUCUCCAUUUCCCACUGUGGGUCAGGCGUUGUCCCUUCCAGGCUGCUCUCCUGAAAUCCACAACUCCCCAGCCCCAGGAGACAGAGCAUUCAGUACCCACCAUCUGAUUAGAAUAAUUUCCUUCCUUACAAAGAAUACAAGGGCAGAGACGAGGGCAUCUGGGGAGGACAGCACUUACUUUGUGCCAAUUUCCCACAUUAACUUCUCAUUUAUUCUUACCCAAGAGUAUGAAGUACGUGGCAUAAUCCUCGUUUCAAAAAUGAGGAAACCGAGACUCAGGAUGGUCAAGUGACAUGCCUCACAGGUGCCAGAGCCAGACCAGGACCCAGGUCUGGCUGGAUCUGGAGUUGGGCUCUUCCCCCAUCCAAAUUCCUCUUUCUUCCUGAUUUAACUCAGUUCCAGGCCUGAUCUUGCCUCUCUGGCUCAGGGUCAGAGGCAGAAGGUGGGGUAACAUACUACAUGCUAUGCUUUCAGUCACAUUGAUUUUGCUAAGUGCUUACUACACAUCAGUCACUGCUACAGGCUUAGGGCUAUUAGCAGUGAUUGAGACAGACAAGGCUUUUGUCGGUGUGGAGCUCACAUUCCACUGGGGCUAGAGCAGAUGAUAAGAAAAUAAUGAAAUAAGACAAAGGCAAGGUGAGUAUGCUUUCCCUUCUAACCCAUACUACUCUGCCUUCCCUUGCUUGGCUCCUAAGACUUGAGACCCUUUCCCAGCCACAUAGACCACCCACUCCGCUUGGCUAGCCAGGAGAGGACAGGGCAGAGGGGAAAGGUAAGAGAUUAGGAAAGUUCCUUCAUUCUCCUCACUUUGGGCUUAGAGUUCUUUGGGAAAAACAAUGGCCCAGAAACAAAGGGGGAAAAUGGGAUCCCUGGGGCUGGGCUUCCUGUCUUACAGUCCAGAAAGCCCUUGUUUCUCCUUAGUUGGCUGGGGACUGCUUAAGCCAUUCCUUCCUGGUCCUGUUGAAUGCAAAGAAUGCAAUCAGCUCCCCCCAGUUGCUCUGAUGAUCAGGGAUCUUUCGGCUGCUAGAAGUGUGCGUGAAAUGGCUGUCUUGUCUUUGCUUACCUGGUAUUUAUUUCCCCUCUUUGCUAAUAACCUUACUUUGCCUGAGAAUCUUCACCCUCUCUUUAAUUCCACUUUUGGUGGCUCUAUCAUGGCCAGGGUUUGGGUCUGUGAAUCAGUCCUGGCCAAUCAGACACCCUCUCCUUAUAAACUGGCCCCUGAAUGGAGUUACAUAGAGAUUGAAACAACCCACUGAUUCAUUCCCCACAGCUGGGCUCAGAAAGAUUGUCCCUUAGUUCUUGCUUCCAAGGUCACUAGGGAAGCCUGAGUUCCUGCCCUUCUCAAGACCUUAGCUUUUCCUUCCAUCCUGGGGGCUGCUCCAUGAAUUCCUCUUUCACUUAAGUUGGUCAGAGUUCAUGUCUAUUGCUUGCAGCCAAACCUUAAUGGCUGUUGGCCUGAAAUGGUAGAAGCACUAUGAUGUUCUGAAAGGAAUUUUAAUUGAGGGAGACACAAUCAGUCUAGUGUUUUAGAAAGAGCACUGUGGUGCCAGGUGGGCAAGAGAGUAGAGCAGGAAGGACCAAAGGCUGGAAGAAUGGGGAGGAGGCUGUGGCCAUGGUCCAGCUGAGAGAUGACAGCAGUUGGAGCCAGGUGGAGGGAUGUGCGGUUGGGAGGGUGGGAUGGCUUCUGGGGAUAGACUUCUCUUGAAUGCAGGUACCUUAGGUGGACUUUGUUCUGUACAGACAACUGUGUGUGAAAUUUUUGCAUGUAGAAACAUAUGUCAAAUACAUCAAGGAAACUCCUUCAGAGUGAAGCCUCUUAAUGCUCAUAAAAAUGAAUGUUCAUUCCUGGAAUCUUGAUCUGGUAGGUAUGAUGGUUAGUUUUAUGUGUCAGCUUGGCUGGGCUACAGUACUCAUUUAAUCAGACACUAAUCAAGGUGUGGCCAUGAAGGUAUUUUGCAACCAUGGUUAACAUCUACAAUCAGUUGACUUUAAGCAAAGAUUACCCUGAUAACAUGGCUGGGCCUCAUCUACUUAGCUGAAAGGUAUUAAGAGUAAAAAGUGAGGUUCUCCAAGAGAAGAGAAAAUUCUGCUUCAAGAAUAGAGCUUCAAUUCCUGCUUGAGUUUGCAGCCAGACAUAUGGAUUUCAGACUUGAUGAAGUAUGAACCAAUUCCUAAAGACAAAGCCAUCUAUAUCUAUCUAUCUAUCUAUCUAUCAUCUAUCUAUCUAUCAUUGGCAUCAUCAUCAAUCUAUCACCUCCUAUUGCUUCUGUUUCUCUAGAGAACCCAGUGGGUAAUUCACUCAGGGCUCUCAGUGCAAACAAAAGAACUCCCUCCUGCCUGUUUUUAGCAGGAAGGAAUUUAUUAUGGGUCACUGCACAGCUCAUGGAACCAUUGGCAGGACCAGAGAAUUAGGCUCAGAGGCUAAUUCAGUGGCUCCUGGUCCAGUAAAGAUGCCUCUGCUCCUGCCACUGGACACAGGCAUCUCAGAUUGCACCUCUGUUGCCAAAACUCUACUGUUGCUGCCCCUGAAACCUGGCAGCUUCUACAGCCACCUCCGCCAGAAAGUGGAUUCGUUCUGCAUGGUGCCUGCUUCCCCACUUUCCUCUGCUUAGAAUUAAAGUCAUUUGUGUUUCGUGUCUGAUUAGUGGGGCCUAGCACCCAUGCCUGCACUCCAGCUCCAAGAAAGGGUGGGAAAGUGAGUUUUCUGGCUUGCACUUUGGGGAGGAGGGACAUAUAAUAUGGGAAAUAUAGGAAGGGUGUUCCAUGGGGGACAUGGAAGUUCUACCUAAGUGGAUCUGAGUAUUCUUAGGUCUGUUUUGCCUCUGUGGACCCUAGCCCUAGAAUACUACAAAGAAAAACACAGUGGCACCACUGUCGACCUGGCAGCAGCUCAAUGUAAUUGUAAGCAAAGCACGCAAGAAGUGAAAUUCCAGAAGUACCGAACAGUAGAGGUGCAAAGACACCUGGUGCACCUAGGUGCAAAGAAUACACGCAGUCCACUUGUUCUAAUACCACUUGAGUAAAAGGUGUCAAAAAUGUCAGAUAUGCCCACAACCCACUUUCCUGCUUAAUCAUGCUUUUCCUAUAAAAAUGGACUUUAAACUAAAAUAGUUUUGUGUGAAUGACAGUAAAGAAUAUUAAAACUUCAAUGAUGCUUUUAUAGAGCACUCUUAUGGGAACUACAAUAA